AUGGGCAAAAAAGCCAUUCAGUUUGGCGGUGGUAACAUCGGCCGUGGCUUCGUCGCAGAGUUCCUCCACGAGGCCGGCUAUGAGGUCGUCUUCGUCGACGUCGUCGACAGUGUCGUCGAGUCCCUGCAGAACACCAAGUCGUAUGAUGUCACUGAGGUCAGCGAGGAGGGUGAGAGCACCAAGACCAUCACCAACUACCGUGCUAUCAACUCCAAGCAUAACGAGAGCGAUGCCAUCCAGGAGAUCGCCACGGCUGAUAUUGUGACGUGCGCCGUGGGCCCCAACAUCCUCAAGUUUAUUGCCCCAGUGAUCGCCAAGGGUAUCGAUGCCCGCACCGAGUCGAAGCCCGUGGCUGUCAUUGCUUGUGAGAAUGCCAUUGGAGCUACUGACACACUGCACGGCUUCAUCAAACAGCACACUAGCUCGGGCCGGGUCGAGUCCCUGUAUGAUCGCGCCCAGUUCGCCAACUCUGCCAUUGACCGGAUCGUCCCCAGCAGCCUCCCAACAAUGAAGUUCUAUGAAUGGGCCGUCGAGAAGACCCCCUUCGGCUCCGUUGGUCAUCCAGAUAUCCCUGCUAUCCACUGGGUCGACAACCUAGAGCCCUACAUUGAGCGCAAACUCUUUACUGUCAACACCGGCCAUGCUACUACGGCCUACUUUGGCCACAUCCGGGGCAAGAAGAUGAUUGCGGAUGCCCUGGAGGACCAGGAGAUUCGUGGCCUCGUCCACAAAGUUCUCGACGAGACUGCCUCGCUCAUCGUGUCUAAGCACGGCAUUUCCGAACAGGAGCAGAAGGAGUACGUCGACAAGAUCAUCAGCCGCAUCUCCAACCCUUACCUCGAGGACAACGUUGACCGCGUGGGACGUGCUCCACUUCGCAAGCUAUCCCGCAAGGAGCGGUUCAUCGGACCGGCCUCUCAACUGGCGGAGCGCGGCCAGAAGUACGACGCCUUGAUGGACGCUGUGGAGAUGGCGCUGCGCUUCCAGAACGUUCCUGGCGACAAUGAGAGUGCCGAUCUGGCCAACAUCCUCAAGGAAAAGUCUGCGGAGGAUGCCACCAGUCAUCUGACCGGCCUGGAGAAGGAUCACUCAUUGUAUCCUGCCGUGCUGGAGCGGGUGCGCAAGGUGCAGGAGGAGACGAAGUAAGAGCCGCGUUGUUCUUGCAAUGUCGAGAUUCAUAAUGUUCACGAUUACGAUUACGAAAACUGCGAAUGCAUUCCGAGUCGAUCACGGACACGAAUGUCCAAAUGCAUGUACAACUGGCUCUGCCGCUGGACGGAUAUGAGCCAUCUGGAUUACGGCGAACAAUGGUCGGCGCGGAUUGAGCAUGGGCAUGGGAAAUGGUUUAGCACAGUCAUACAAUGUUAAUGAUGUACUUAGUUGCCGGCAGCUAAGACUAAGGAAUACAUAACUUUAAGAGUGAAACCGCACUG